GGGUGUUUUUUCCAACACGAGUGGGAGAAUGUGAGAGGGGCAUCCCAAAGUCCCAAGUUUCACGCAAAAGGGAGAAGGGAAAGAGAGGGAAACUCACCCCUUAAGGGCGCAGUGCAGUUUUUGAGGCAGCACAACGUACGAGUGAUGUAAAUUGCAAAAGCAGCCCCCCAAUUAAUAAAGUUAAAGAGGUCGAUAUUUCCUCCACACCCACACCCGCCUUAUCUCUCUCUUUCUCUACCCCGAUUUUGGCUUCACCCUCCCCUUCUCUUCACGUGACCUCUCUGUCUCUCCCAAGCCUCAACGUGCUGCUUCAGCAGCCUAGACACACACCCAGUCCUACUAGCUCAGAUUCAGAUCCCCUUUUUCAUGACUACUGUAGCUGCCGCUCCUCCGUGCCUCCACCGCAUUGCUUCCGCCGCUCUCUUCUUCUCGCUUCUCCUGCUCCUCUCCUUUGCUCCUGCACUUGAGGCAUGUUCUUCACGCCCGGGGACUUCCGGAUCUUCCUGUCCACCCUUCACUUCUACUCCUUCUUUCCCAUUUUCUUCAACCCCAGGUUGUGGUCAUCCCUCUUUCCAGAUUAGGUGCUCUUUUCCCCACUCCAUCAUCUCCAUUAACAAUCUCUCAUUUGCUCUCGUUCAGUACCAACCCAACUCAUCCUCUCUCAAUCUCGCUCCUCAACCCCUCAUUCCAGCCACCGCUCAUCGGAAUUGCUCCUUGCCUCAGCUGCUCUCUAUUCCCAAUCGCUCCAUCAACCUCUCCGGCUCCCCAUUUCGAGUCUCCGACGCCUCCUGUUCUCGCCUCUCCCUUCUCCGUCCUUGCCCCCCUCCAAAUCUGCCCAACUGCAGCCGUUGUUCUUGGGAAUGUCGGCUCAUCAAGAACCCACUUCAACUGCUACAUGACUGUGGAUCUACCCAUGCUACGCUUUCAGAACAGGGUUGCCAACCAGACGUUUUGGGGUUUCUUGACAGGUUCCUGAAAUGGGGGAUCCAGGUCGAGUGGGAUGAAGAUCAAGAUGCCUACUUCACCAACUGCAAGGAAUGCCAAGCCAAGAAUGGAGUUUGUGGCUUCAAUUCAUCCGACCCCAGACAGCCCUUCAUAUGCUUUCACUUGAAAAAUCAAAUUUCGCCACCAUGGAUUCGUCAGGAUAGCCCUAAUCGAAUCGCUAUCUUGUGCUCUAUCUUCGUGUUGACUUGUGUGUUUCUUGCCAUUGCGGUAGCUACCGCUAUCUUGCGUUCAAAAAAACUAAACUCAGCCGCGGAACAAGAUCCAACCACACUCUUCCUCCACCGCCACCGCUCCGCUAGUCUCCUUCCACCCGUAUUCACGUACGAAGAGCUAGAUACUUCAACCAAUCGCUUCGACUCCAAGCGCAAAAUCGGCGAUGGUGGGUUCGGUUCUGUCUACUUGGGUCAGCUCUGUGAUGGCCGUAUCGUCGCCGUUAAACACCUCCACCAACACCACCCAGCGGCCGCCGCUGGGCGAGCCUUCUCCACGAAAUCCUUCUGCAACGAGAUCUUGAUACUGUCGUCAAUUGAUCACCCCAAUCUAGUGAAGCUCCACGGCUACUGCAGCGACCCAAGAGGGCUUCUUCUCGUCUACGAUUACGUCCCAAACGGGACACUCGCCGACCACCUCCAUGGCCCAAAGAGCUUAUACCGCAAAGCCUCGUUAACAUGGCAAGUCAGAAUUGAUAUAGCGUUACAAACAGCCAUGGCCAUCGAGUACCUCCAUUUCUCAGUCGAACCAGCCAUUGUUCACAGAGACAUUACCUCAUCAAACAUCUUUGUAGAAAGAGACAUGAGAAUCAAAGUAGGAGAUUUCGGACUGUCUAGGCUUCUGGUAUUCCCAGAAGCGACGUCAUCCUCUUCCUCUGGGUACGUCUGGACUGGGCCUCAAGGCACUCCGGGCUACUUGGACCCAGACUACCACCGGUCCUUCCGCUUGACGGAGAAGAGCGAUGUGUACAGCUUAGGAGUGGUGUUGCUGGAGCUGAUAUCUGGAAUGAAGGCAGUGGACCACACCAGAGACAAGAGAGACAUGACGUUGGGUGAUCUGAUGGUGUCCAAGAUCCAGAUGGGUCUGCUCCACCAGGUGGUGGACCCAGUUCUAUUGCUCGACACAGACGCCAUGAACGGUGUCGAUGCAGUGGCGGAGCUUGCGUUCCGGUGCGUGCAGACGGAAAAGGACGACCGGCCGGAUUCCAAGGAGGUGGUGGCAGAGCUGAAACGGAUCAGGAAUCGUACACGUAUCCAACGCGGGUCCACUCAGGAUGCAGAUGAGAAUGUUUAAGAAGUUAUGAGACGUGGGAUUGGUGGGUUGACUAUGACCAACGGGUGUUACUGAGACGUAGAUGAUGCAAAAAGGGGGGAAUGUAAAUACAUCUAACGGCUAUAAAUACUCAAAGGUCAUACCAAACCAACUUCUCUCUAGGUCGUUGGUGUGGAGUAUCCAGAAUAUAAUAGCACGUGUUGUUGUCUUUUUGUAGCACGUGUGGUGUGAUGUUGUUGUGACUUCCAGCAGUAGACAAGAUUCAAAGAUUACGUGCAUCCAUAAGUAAUUAUCUUGAGUUUCAAAGUUUACACUCAAUUCUCACUAAAUUUUUG